AUGGCUGAUAACAUAAGGCGUGCCAUGCGAGAUAUCUCCCUUGGAAGUGAAGAGGCACCGGUUGCCUUACCUCUAGAGGUUGUUCAUCGAGCCGCCGAAGAUAACCGCUUCAUACUGGUGGGCCGUGCAACAAUACCGCGCCGUCAAAACGUACGCUCAAUCAUCUCAACAAUGCCAAGAGUAUGGGGUCUCGACGAUCUAGUACGAGGACGUGCUGUAGAAGGCCGACGUUUUCAGUUUGUGUUUCCUUCAGAGGAAGCAAUGGAGUCAGUACUCAGGCGUGGACCAUGGGCUUACGGUGACCGCAUGAUUGUCUUACAACGAUGGAAACCACUAAUGGAUAUGAAUCUCUUGAACUUCAUUCCAUUUUGGAUUCAAGUGAGAGGGAUUUCGUUCCAGUUCAUGAACCGGGAGGUGAUUGUCUUCUUAGCACGUGCCAUGGGUCAAUACAUCCAAAUUGACUACAAUGAAAAAGUGGGUGGAAGGAUUAACUUUGUAAGGAUCCGUCUCAACUGGGACAUCAAUCAACCCCUCCGAUUUCAACGCAACUUCUAG